GUUUUUGAAAGAAAGUAGAUAAAUCCACCUAGAGCCGUAAAGAGGCCUUCGCAGGUCGCCCCAUCUCACAAAGUCCUUUAGUUCGAUCUUUGUCUCACUCGAUACCCUCACUUCAAGCCGACAACAUGAGCAGCGACGAAGCCAAGAAGGCUCGAAGCCGCGUCUUCUUCGACAUUACCAUUGGCAAGCAACCCGCUGGACGCAUCACAUUCGAGCUCUUCAAUGACAUUGUACCCAAAACCGCCGAGAACUUCCGUGCCCUGUGCACAGGCGAAAAAGGCAUUGGCAAGGAGGGCAAGCCGCUGCACUACAAGGGCUCCAUCUUCCACCGCGUCAUCAAGGAGUUUAUGAUCCAGGGCGGCGACUUCACAGCCGGCAAUGGCACUGGUGGAGAGUCUAUCUAUGGCGCCAAGUUCGAGGAUGAGAACUUUGAGUUGAAGCACGACCGCCCCUUCCUUCUGUCCAUGGCCAAUGCCGGUCCCGGAACCAAUGGCUCGCAAUUCUUCAUCACCACCGUCCCUACGCCUCACCUCGAUGGCAAGCACGUUGUCUUUGGCCAGGUGCUCAGCGGCAAGUCGGUCGUGCGCAAGAUCGAGAACCUCAAGACGCAGGACUCCAAGCCCACCAAAGAUGCCGUCAUUGCCGACUGCGGCGAGCUGUCAGCCGAGGAGGCCGCGGCGGCCGCCGAUACCAAGGUCGCCGACGCCUACGGCGAUGAGUACGAGGACUUCCCCGAGGACCAGGUGACCGGAGACGAAGUCCUCUCGCCCGUGCAGAUCCUCAAGAUUGCGAGCGACUGCAAGGAGUUUGGCAACAAGGCGUUCAAGGAAGGCAAUAUCCCCGUGGCCCUGGACAAGUACCAGAAGGGCCUGCGGUAUCUGGACAAGGAUCCCGACCUGGACAACGAGCAGCCCGACAUCAAAACGAAGCUGGACGUCCUCGAAGUCUCUCUCAACAGCAAUGCGGCGCUGAUGAACAUCAAGCUCAAUGCGUGGGCUGACGCCGUCCAGGCGGCCAAUAACGCCCUUGCCGUCACCACCAUUUCAGAUAAGGACAAGGCCAAGGCGCUCUACCGUCGCGGAUUUGCCCAGGUGCGCUUGAAGGACGAGGACUCGGCCCUUCAGAGUCUGGAGGAGGCGAAGAAGCUCGCCCCCGAGGAUGCGGCCAUUGCCGCGGAACUUGCUGCCGUCAAGAAGGCGGCCGCCGCGAGACUUGCCAAGGAGAAGGCAGCUUACAAGAAAUUCUUCAGCUAAAACUGCUGAAUGACAGGCAAGGGUAGCUAGAUGGGAGUGGCGUUAUCGGAGGCUGGGAGAACACCGGCUUUUUAACCGAUGGGCGGGUAUUGCCUAUCCAUCACCCCUUUGAUAUCUGAUAGCAAAAAUGAGAAAAAAGAUUCUCUAUUUUCUGAGCUAGUCGCGCAGCACAGCCCAGAAAACCCAAAAAUGUCACCGCUCCUCCCAUGUGCCCUAUCUACAACUGCUGCCGCCACCAACAACCGUUUCAUGACUGUUUGCCACCCCAAAGAAUCGAGAGCGUGUCGUUAUCCUAACGUAGUAUCCAAUCCAGAGGGUAUCGGUCUAGUACCGGGCUGUAUGGUGUAUGUAUGUACGCGAUUUUUUGCCAUCGAUGGCGUUUGUUCGAUCAUGUUGUGAUUCGAUGAUUUCGUUGCGUUGGUUCUGAGGGGCGCACGCUGCCCGUCCUCGUAUCGUCCUCGUCCUUCUGUAG